AGAGGAGGGAUAAGAAUGCAGAGAUUUUGGGUUGGGUUGGCUAUGGUUGUUGCUGUGUUGUGUGGCAGGUGGCUGUGGCCGGAAGGAACCAAUAUGCGGGCCUUUCCGAUAGUCUCAUUGUUUGAAUCGUUGCCCUCCCCGCCACUCAUCUUCUGUACUGCUGCUGCGUCUGCCUCACAAGGUAAAACCUCCCUUAGUAAAACCUCCCUUUUUCUUGCUGCUCCAAGGAAAAAUCUCUCUCCUACAAAGUUCGUACUUCAUUUAUAUUGCUCUUCGAGUUCAAACGUCGACUCGGGUAGCGAUGAUUCUGUUAUUGGCGAAUAUUCUUCUUCGUUAGAGGAGGAGGAGGAGGCGGGGGAAGGGGAGGAGGAGGAGAAAUCGGAACCUGGGGAAGGUGUGUCAAUUGAGAUAGAGAAGCUCGGCCAGAAUACUCGCAGAAUUCGAUCCAGAAUUGCCAUUGACGCACCCCUUCACAUCAUUUGGAAUAUUCUCACUGAUUACGAGAGAUUGUCUGAUUUCAUUCCUGGUCUCGCCGUCUGCCAAUUGCUCCAAAAGACUCACAACUACGCUCGACUUUUUCAGAUUGGACAGCAAAACCUGGCAUUUGGGCUGAAGUUUAAUGCGAGAGGAAUUGUAGAUUGUUAUGAGAAAGAACUCAAGAGCCUUCCUUCUGGUCAAAAGCGUGAUAUUGAGUUUAAAAUGAUCGAAGGAGACUUCCAACUCUUUGAAGGAAAAUGGUCUAUUGAACAGUCCAAUAGAGGAAGAGAUGAAGAUGGUGAUUCUUUGGUACUUCAACAAUUCUAUACAACUCUUUCAUAUGUAGUUGAUGCAAAGCCAAAGCUAUGGUUGCCUGUUCAGCUCGUUGAAGGUAGACUCUGCAAGGAGAUUAAACUGAACCUUGUGAGCAUCCGAGAAGAAGCACAGAAGGCAGUUCACAACACUCUUCAUGUUCGUUAACAUUAGCAACUUUUUUGGAUUUGUUUCCUGUAAGUAUGUCCUCUUCAAGUACAUUAUAUGUUAAUUGCUAGCAUUGUUAGAAUAUUACUCAUAAAAAAAAAAAAAAAAAAAAAAAAAAAAAAAAAAAAAAAAAAAAAAAAAACCCAGAGUUAGAAUUAUACAAUGUACAAUAAGUUUACGAGAUGUUUUAUUUUUUUAAGCAUUUUGGUACACAUUUUAAGAGUGUAUCUUGAAUGCGAGUGUUUUGCUCGAUGUUAUAUGUAAUAAUGAUGGUGUCUAUAGAAUUGGUUGAUUUUCCUUA